AAAAAAAAAAAAACUAGAUUACAAUAUCGUAUUUAUCAGUAGAUAAACUAUUGAUAUGUUAUCUCAAAUUUCAAGUAAAAAGAUUAUUUUUCGAUAUGAUGGAAAAGAGUAGGGGGUAAACGGACAGUAGGCGGCCUUCUAACGUCCGCUUGUGAUUUUAACAUGAUUUUAAUAUUUUAUAUUUAAAAUUAUGCUAUAAAAGAGAGUAAUCAUAAAAUGAUAUCUAUAAAUUGGGGAGAAUUAUUUCCUGGAAGAUGGAGUCCUGUCAUUUUUCUUUCUUACAUGGCUCUUUUUAUCAAUCAAGGAAUUAUUGUAACAUGGUCUCAAACAAAUGGUCAAUAUGAAUAUAAUAUCGUAACAGUGGUAUUGUUAACAGAAGUUUUAAAAUUAAUUGUAUCAGCUAUUUUGUAUUGGAAAGAUAAUAAAAUAUUAUCUCUUUUCCAAGAAAUAGUAAUACAUAAAAAGGUGCUUCUACUGUACUUAAUACCUUCAUUUUUAUACUGUUUGUAUAAUAAUUUGGCAUUUAUCAAUUUGGCUGCAUUUGAUCCAACAACUUACUAUGUUCUAUUACAAUUUCGUGUUGUUAUGACAGGAAUUAUUUUUCAGCUCAUCUUUAAAAAAAAAUUAUCUGUAAAACAGUGGUUGUCUUUAUUAUUGCUGACGCUUGGUUGUAUGAUAAAACAUGUAAAUAUUAGUAUGGAUGCUGACGUUAGUACAAAAUUUGUAUUAAAUAAAAAUAUUUAUCUUAUAUUUAUUCAGACUUUUUGUUCAUGCUUAGCUGGCGUUUAUAAUGAAUAUUUGCUUAAACAAGGAACAGAUAUAAAUAUUUUUGUACAAAAUGUAUUCAUGUAUAUAGAUAGCAUUUUAUGUAAUGUUAUAGUAUUUUUAGUAUUAUUUACAUUUCAAAUCAAUGUUACCAAUAUAUUCAACAAUGUUGGAUCUAGUAUCUUUAUGCAACCCAAAGUAAUAAUAAUUAUGCUAAAUAAUACGGCCAUUGGUAUAAUAACAAGUUUUUUCUUAAAAAACUUAAAUUCUAUAUUAAAGACAUUUGCUAGUGCAUUAGAAUUAGUAUUUACAGCUGUUUUAUGUUGGAUUAUAUUCGAUAUACCUAUUCUUAUAAAUACAGUGAUAUCUAUUGCCAUGGUUAGCAAUGCUGUAAUUUUAUAUUCUCAAAAUCCAGUUCAUAAUGAAAAAUCAACAGAGAUAGAAUCUAAAAGAUUGUUGGUUUAAAGAAUUAUACAAUAGGUAGAAAUAUAAUGAUAAUUACGAAUUAAUUCUUAUAGCAAUACAGUCAAAAAUAAAGAUAUAUAGUAGUAUUACAAUAUUAAAAUAUAGUAUAUUAAUUUCGAGUCAGUAUAAAAUGUUUGUUUUGUUUGUAAUAAAGUAUUUUUAUUUUAUUUAAAAUAUGUUUAUUUUGUUUUAUCGAAUAAUAAUCAAAAAUUAACUAAGAACAUACGAAUGUGAUAUUUAUGUAUUUUUUAUAGUAAUUGUUAUAGUAGUUUUAUUUUCAAAAAUUUAAAUAUAGUAAUAUAAUAAUAUAUAUAUAUAUAUAUAUAUAUAUAUAUAUAUAUAUAUGUUGAUGUAACGUGACAUAUACUUAUAAACAUAUGAAAACAUGUGGUACAAAUUAUGAAACUGCGUAUCUGAUUAAUUACUUAAUUCCCGCUAUCGAUUUAUAUAUAUAUAAGAUAUAUUAUGUAAUGAUAGAUUGCAUAGAGUGGCGAUAUUGUAAAACCAAAGUGAAAUAUGCACAAAUGUGAACAAAAUAAACACAAAUAUUAUAAUUUCAUUAAAAAUUAUGAUAUUACUUUAAAUAAAUGCUUAUCUUGAUUGAUCUAUACGUAUUAUUACUAUCUAUUUUGAGGUUAACAAAUGCGUAUUUGAUUUUAUCAAAAUAUAAUCGAAAUUGUACCUUAUAUCUAAAUGUAUUGGCACAUGCGUACGUCGAUUAAUAAUGAAAUAAUUAAAUGAUAAUAAUAAUAAUAAAAAAAAAAAGAAAAGAAAAAAGAAUGGAGUUCGUUAUCGUGUUAUUACUGGCAAUUAAAGAGAACGAUUUUCAAUGCUCGAAUAGUUCCAUCGUGUUUAUAACGUAAGUAAAACGUACACGUGAAUAAUGAGGGAAAUUAUUAAAGAGAAAAUCUCGUGACUGCGUUUGAAUAAUGAAAUGAUCAAUCGCGGGCUACGUUAAAGGGAAGAUAAAUAUUGAACAUCGAUAAUGGAGGUAUAAAGCGGUAUUGUUAUCCGACCUUCGACGAGCUACGGCUCGAAAUGCAUACAAAAAGAAAAAAAAAAAGAAAGAAACAUACACGAGUAGAUUUUUUUUCGUACAGGGAAUUCAAUGGUGUAAUAAAAAAUUUUAUAUAAAAACGAAUCUACAAUAAUUUUUU